AUGGAACCGUAUGUCGCCGAUGCGUACGAGGCAAUUUGCAUGUUCUCCCAACGAAAGACAGGCACACGAGAGUUGGUCGCUUGGCCAAGGGUCACUAUGUUUCAGACUCCUGGUCGCUGCGCGUCACGCUCGGCAAUCCUACCAGUCCCAAAGCACUCUCGCGUGAGAGCAAUCAUCUCAGGUGAAAUAGAAGCCACUUGGUCAGCAACCACACAAUGCUGUUCGGUGAAAGAUACGCAUAUUCGGGAUGAGGCGUGUCCCCCCUUUUUCCUCAUCAACGCCACCCAAUCAGAGCCAAAUCUGCAUCACGUGACAGAUCCACCAACAGCGACGUCACGGCUGCUUGCCAGACGUUUGUCUUCUGUCAUUGCGCUAUCAAUCGCAAACGCUCCAGAAAUUUGGCUCCUACAUCUCAAGAUGGAUCAGCCUAGGCCAGGCUCUGGUAGUAAGCAUGGCCGUAAAAAUUGGACACCAGCCAACGAUUUUCGCAGCUUGAGAGACCGCAAGGCAAGCUGCUUAAUCGCAGAGUGGGAUGUGGAAGGGCGUAUUUCAGACAACAUUGACGACGUGCGGAUUCAGAUUCUAUCCAUUAGGAGCAGUCAAACUUGCGCUCGGUCCAUCGUUUUGCACUCAUGUCGCGUCGACCUCAAAUCGAGCAACUUCAUCCACAGACAACAAGAUGGACACGGAGCCCUCCCCGCGACAAUACCCGUCUCCCCUGACAUCAAAGGCCCAAGCAGCCCAACGCCGGAAGCAAUCGCAUCCGGGCACUCGCGAAGUAUCAAGGCGGCAGAUGCAAGGUGA